AAAUUCUUCAUUAAUAUAGAUAUUUUUGACGUGACAUUUAUUAAAUCCUUGGAUGACCCGGCGGGGAGAUUUCCCGGAUGAAUCAUCCGGCUCGGCGGUUAUCUUGAUCGGCGCUCUCGAUAUACGAAUUGUAAUUCUGACGUAAUUUCCGAUGAGAGGGAAUCGCCGCUGCACCCGGCAGCUUUUCUUCCGGGGAUUUCCAGACUCCCAGAUUCUCUGAACUCGAUCGGAAUGAAGCGCUCGCCCGUGAGAGCGCGACGAUGAACGAACACAGGGAAAACGCAAGCGGUUAGCGGAAACGCUUCGCGGGAAAGAGCCGGAGGGUACUGGAGGGAGACGUCCUUGGUUGACGCAGUCAACGUUAAUACGUAUAAAGGAUACCGUCCUCGUCGCCGCGGGUACAGACCAAGUCGGGCCGAGCUUGACAGUCAUGCCCGUUAACGAGGAUACCUCUAACGACCCCACAUUGGCGCGGACGAAACUCGGGAGGGCCGGUGAUCCACCCGCGGGAUCCCGGCGGAAGAUGUCCGGGGAACGUCCGCAGGUGGAUCUACCGGACUCCUCGUCAACCCCGGCUCUUCCGGCUCUCCCGGCUCUCGCUAACGGCACUGAGGAACGAAGGGCAGCCGAGAAACGGGACUUCCGCAGCAUGCCGCGUCGAGACGCUCAUGAGAAGCUCUUCAGGGACUUCUUUGAGCUCGUGUUGCAGCGUGCGGUGUUCCAGUCCACCUCCGGAGAGAAUCGUGUGGUCGAAUGGGUGGAUCCUCGCGACCUGCGCUCCGUAGUCGAUCUCUCGUUGACAGCCGAGGGUGUCAGCCACGAGGAGCUGUUGACGCUGACGAGCGACAUCAUCAAGUACAGCGUGAAGACGGGCCACCCGCACUUCGUCAACCAGCUGUUCUCGAGUCUGGACCCGUACGGGCUGCUGGGUCAGUGGUUGACCGACGCACUCAAUCCGUCCGUUUAUACCUACGAGGUAUCCCCGGUGUUCUCCCUGAUGGAAGAGGACGUGCUGCGGGAGAUGCGCGCCGUCAUCGGCUGGCACAGCGGCGAGGGCCUCUUCUGUCCCGGCGGCUCCAUGGCGAACGGAUACGCCAUCAACCUGGCGCGUCACCAUAGAUACCCGAACCUGAAGCAAUCCGGAUUAUCGCAGAUGCCGCGGCUGGUGGUGUUCACGUCGGAGGACGCGCACUACUCCGUGAAGAAGCUUGCCGCGUUGCUGGGCAUCGGCUAUGACAACGUGUACCUGGUCAAAGUCGACUCCUGCGGCAAGAUGGUGGUCUCCGACCUGGAGGCGCAGAUCGCCCGAGCCGUCGAGGAGGACGCCGUGCCGCUCAUGGUGUCCGCCACCGCUGGUACUACCGUAAUAGGCGCGUUUGAUCCCCUCAGGGAGAUCGCGGAGGUCUGCAAGAAGCACGGACUGUGGUUCCAUGUGGAUGCCGCGUGGGGCGGCGGUGCACUCGUUUCCGGGACGUACCGCGGCCUCUUGGACGGCGUCCAACUCGCCGACUCCGUCACCUGGAACCCUCACAAGCUGCUCGCCGCGCCGCAGCAGUGUUCCACCCUGCUGCUCCGUCACGAAGGUUUGUUGCAAGCGGCGCACGGUUGCGGAGCGAGCUACCUUUUCCAGAACGACAAGUUCUACGACGCGUCGUUCGACUGCGGUGACCGGCACGUGCAAUGCGGUCGCCGCGCUGACGUUGUCAAGUUCUGGUACAUGUGGAAGGCAAAGGGCACACGCGGCCUCGAGGCCCACGUCGACCGCGUGUUCGCGCUCUCGCGCCACUUUGCCGAUCUCAUCAGGACGCGCGACGGCUGGCGCCUGCUCGUCGAGCCGGAGUGCACAAACGUUUGCUUCCGCUACGUUCCGCCGUUAAAGAGGCACCUGGUCGGCCAGGAACUCGAUCAGGCACUCCACAAGAUCGCGCCGAUGAUCAAGGAACGCAUGGUCCGAGCCGGAACGAUGCUGAUUACGUAUCAAACGUUGAGAGAUAUGCCGAACUUCUUUAGAAUGGUGCUGCAGAACUCGGGGCUAACUGAGGCCGACAUGAAGUUCUUCGUCGACGAGAUAGAAAGGCUCGCUGCGGAUCUUUGAUUAAUUUAAAUAGCAAAUAUUGUACAUAGCGAUGUAGAAUGUGUAUGUAUGUAUUAUUAUUGUAAGAGAUAGUUGCACUUGGUAAAUCAACGUGACCGUUGAAAGAAAACGAUCAAUGACGUCUUUCUUUUUCCUACUCAAUUUUAAUUUAUGCGCACCGCAUUCAAUUUUAAUUAUAUAUUAUAGUCUUCUGCAUUCCUUUUACAUCAAGGCAAAAUUAGUUCUUUAUUAUUUUCCUCCUCUUCAAAACUCUUUCAUAUACCUCUGCGAAUUAACAGUAAUCAAUUUAGAACUUAUACAUUUAGAGCAAGCGAGUGAAAGAGAGAAGAUAUUGUACGCACAACAAAAUUUCAUUCUGUACAUGUGUUGUAGAGUUGCAA